AUGUGCUGGACUUACUAUUACUGUCAUCAACGUUGGUCCGAUGGACCUCCUGCCGAUACACCCAAAACUGAAGAAGAAGCCCUCGCCCGCAUUGAUGAACUUUACAAUGCUGGCGUGCCAUGGUUCAGCAAAGACACCCUUCGCUCAGUUCUAGAGCAGAUCCAACGCAAACCGACUCACGGGGACCAGAUCUUUGUCAAGGCUAUAGAUGGCGCAGUGGUUGAGUAUGAUAUGAAGAUCGGCGAUGUCAAGCUCAUGCGCGAAGACGACGGCCUCGACACCGAAUGGGUACUCCAGGAACCUGCCAUCUCAUACAAUUGCCGAGCAAGUAUGCGGCACCAUAUUUUCUGGCGCGGCUUCGACGAAGAGGUUCCCAAUCUCAGUAGCAUACAGAUUACACAUUCGUGCUUUGUGCGAAGAAAAGAUAACCAUGAGAAAAUUGAGCCGGUCAAGCGGUUACCGUUGGAGGUGGUCGCCCCAGAGUUUGAAAAGUACCGGCAAGCCUGGAACGAGACAGAGAUGUGCAAGAAGCUCAUUGGCUUCUUGGAUUCCUCUGCCACACACCUGGAAAUCAGCAAAGUUGUGGCCGUGUCUCUGGGGUGUCUUUCAUAUCUACGGAAUCAGGACAGGCCGGGCCGUUCAGCAUAUCAACAUGCCAUGGUCCUCACGUUACGUGACUGGCUAAAGAAAAGAAACGGUGUGGAUAAAGUCCCCUGCUACAUGCAAGAUCCGGAGUACACGGAUGUAGAUCGGGAUAUUUUUGGGAAGCAUGGUGUUGAGGUGAUUGAGGAUCCAGUGGCAUGGUUGGAGAUGGACGAUUUCUCGAUUGUGGUUUCUAUUGCAUCGAAUGUACCGAGCAAAGAGAUUAUCACGGAUAUUGCGAGCCCGGCUAUUGUGAUUUGGAAUAAGGUGGGGGACAAUGACUACGAUAAGAAAGGCGAAGGGUCUUUAACGGAUCCGUGUUCUUCUCGGGUACGGGCGUUGAUGGAAGGGUAUGAUUGUUUUGACUGGGGAGCUAGUGAUGAAGAAUUCGGAGAUGUCAUGAUGUAUGUUCGGCGACCCAAAACCAUGUGCAGGGCGAAGUAG